AUGUACAGACAUAAUUUUCGCAAUGUUCUGCUCGAGUGCGAGGAACAACAACAUGAUUCACCCCACAGUUCGAUGUUUGAUGCUCAGCCUUGUGCUGCUCAUAACAGCAAUGUGAGCUUCAUUCCAUAUCCGCAGUUCAACCCUCUCACUCCCUAUCUCGCCAACAUUGUCAAUCCUUACCGCGAUUCUCCCGAUUCUGGGUUUUCUGAAUACAUCUUUUACCACCAAGUCGUCUUCUAG